AUGGAAAGAAGAUGCACGUACGACCAAAUCUCUCUAGUGGACGACUCUCGGACCCCAGGGCGCUUCUACUUUGGUGCAAACGCGGAAUACGACCAGGAGAGUAGUUUUGAUGAUGCACUCGGCGACGGAGUUGGUAGUCACAACAGCAGUGUCGUGUCUUCGUCGUCCUCUUCCGACCUGGAUUUGAUCGAAGAGCACGAAGUGGCUUCGUCUUUGGAUGGGGUCGGUAUUGAAACUAGUAUGAUUUACACCAGUAGUGAUGAAGGUAGUGACAUUCGUAUUUCUCGUGUCGUCGCUGAUCGAAGAAAGAGUCACUUUCUCAACCGAGAAUCCUUGGAUGAAAGCAACCGUUCGAUUGUUACGGAAGAAUCCUCGAUCUUUAGCAGCGCAGACCUUUACUUUGAACGACAACUUUCGGAAGGCGAUCAAUACAUUUUUGCGGACGACGAUGGGUCGCCGGCGCAUCAGCGGCUCACGGAGUCCGAAUCGGUUCUUUUGAAUUCCUCCUUUGCCAGUGCCUUUUCCAGCAAAGAUCAGCCUUCCUCUGCCUCGAUGUCGGUUAUCAAGUCACCCAAUACAUGGGCAACCUUGAACCAGCAACGUGGUCGUCUCUUGGCCCGUUCGCUCUUGCGCCAAGCGCGCCGCCGUGAAUUAUCGCCGGGAAGCGUCAGUACCAUGGAGGAGGAAUAUAGUUUAGAUGAAGAACGAGAUGAUGUACCACCGGAGGAUACGACUACCAUAUCUACUAUCGUAACCAAACGGCGUCGGCAUGGUCGACGGAAGCCAAGUUCCCGCUUAUUCUUCGAUCAACGCCAAUCCCUCUUGACCCGAGCCGUUCAAUCGAUGCGACGUCAACGACAAAAAGUUUUUGCACACUCUACGUCUCCGCUAGACAACCUUUGCCACGCCAGUCGUUUCGUUGGUUCCUUACCUGCGACAACUCCUAACAACAUUACAAGCACUACGAUGCUGUCGCCCGUCCCGUCGGCAGUCCACGCCCGCAACGCUUUAGCAGAUUUCGGAUCCUGGGAAAAAGCCGCCAUUGCUGCAUCACCAACAGGCUUCCGACAUCUAGAAAAUCACAAGAGCCAGCUGGAGUGCAUUCCUGAGCACGAAUAUGCGUCCGAUUCGACGGACGAGAAAUGGUCAAUCGAACGUUUGUCGGCCCCAGAUUUCUCAACACGUAGCAACGUGACAAGUGGUCCGAAAUCUUGCCCCAUCUCCCUCGGGUUGUCAUUGUUUGAUGAACUCGAGGGGCGUGCUUCCGCCCAAGACGUAGCUCUGAUGCUCGGUUUGGGCCAGGACGGUGAGCGCUUGUUACGAUUACUACACGGCAAAGCCGGAAUAGUGGACGUCGACGACGAUGAGGACGAUUGCUACGAUGAUGAAAGUAUGGACGGCGGCUGCGCUACAAUUGGGAGUAGUGGUCGAGGAGUUCCGCUCAUCCACUUGUUGGACGACUUUUGGUUGCCGCAUUACGAGGAGUACGUGACACGGACCGUCAACAGUUUCAGUCGGCUCUUUGAUCGUUAA